AUGGCAACGAGAAACCGAACUGCAGAGUUCAGAAAGUACAGAGACACCGUCAAAAGCUUACGCACUCCUCUUUCUUCGUCAGCUUCCGCUUCUUCCGGUGGUCCCGUCAUUGAAAUGGUCAACACUUCGCUUCUUCGUUCCAGUAAUCGAUCUUCUUAUACUCCUCUCAGUACCCAAGACCCAGGUCCAUCCUCCUCUAGUGAUGCUUUUACUGUGGGUUUGCCGCCGUCUUGGGUGGAUGAUUCUGAAGAAAUAGCUACGAAUAUACAACGUGCUAAGGUUAAAAUGUCGGAGUUAACUAAAGCUCAUGCGAAGGCUUUAAUGCCCUCCUUUGGUGAUGGUAAAGACGAUCAGCGUCAGAUUGAGACGCUAACGCGAGAAAUUACAGCUCUCCUCAGAAAGUCUGAAGUGAGGCUGAAAAAGCUUUCUGCUGGGAGAGGAUCUUCUGAGGAAUCUAACGUCAGAAAAAAUGUGCAGCGUUCACUUGCUACAGACCUUCAGAACCUGUCAAUGGACCUCCGGCGGAAGCAGUCAGCAUAUUUGAAACGUUUGCAGAAACAGCAAGAGGGUUAUGAUGGGAUUGACUUGGAGAUUAACUUUAACGGGAGUAAAUCUGGAUUGCAGGAUGAUGAAUUCGAUGAUAUGGGUUUUAGUGAAGCACAAAUGACAAAGCUAAAGAAAAACGAGCACAUCUCAGCGGAAAGAGAAAGAGAAAUUGAUCAGGUCGCUAGUUCAGUCCACGAACUUGCUCAGAUCAUGAAGGAUCUCUCUGUCCUUGUGAUAGACCAGGGAACAAUUGUAGAUAGAAUCGACUACAACAUUCAGAGUGUUGCUACAACUGUUGAGGAGGGCUUUAAGCAGUUACAAAAGGCGGAAAGAACACAGAGAAAAGGAGGGAUGAUUACAUGUGCAACGGUCCUUGUUAUCAUGUGCUUUGUCAUGCUAGUUUUGUUGAUAAUCAAGGAGAUAAUCUUCUAG